AGAUGAAUAGACAACAAUAAGGACAACAGAUCAGAUGACAGAAUACCCCAUAGAAUAUGACAAUACAAAACAGAGAAAAACCGACAGGACAACAGAUUAAGAUGACAUCAACAGACAACAUGUACGUCAACAAUGCUGAUUUUCCUGAACAUGCGGGCAAUGAGAGUAGACGAAGACAAAUGUGAAGUACAAAGCAGAAAGCAGGCAUGGGAAUUUUGGCACAAAUUGAACCCCAUAGCCACCUGUUCUCGUCUACAUUGCAGUCAAGGAGAGGCACACCUCAAACCAGUUGUAAACAGUGAUUUAGAAACAGCCCAUAUAUGAGAAGUGGUAUAUAUUGAGUCGUCUGAGUGAGAAACGGUUUCCAUCCGUGAGGCAUUGUGAAGUGCGGGGUAAAGUUAUUGGCAAAGAACUACCUCCUUGCUCACAAUAAAAGGUGGAAAAUAUCUCCUGACUCCUACUCCUUAAUCAGUGUGCUGAAGUGGUCAGCAACAUUAAAGAACUGGCAUUCUUAAUUGGCCAAUACCCAACAGCAGAUAUUUGCUGAUGACCAUAUUUAGUCUACUCAGGAUGUUCCAGGGUUUGCGCUGGUAUAAAACCAACUAUCGGUCAGCACAAACAAGACGGAACAAGAUCAAGACUCGACUCUUUCCACUGCAUUGACAUCUCAAAACAUGGAAAACAGCAGUUUUGAGCUUAAAAAUGUGACUGGAAACUCAACAGACAAGAGCACUGUGGAGAACAAGAGAUUUGAGAUUUUUAUGGCCUGCAUUUUCGCUGUAACUUUUGUAGUGGGUCUCAUUGGAAAUGGGCUGGUCAUAUUUCUGGCCGGCUGCAGAAUGAAGACGACUGUCAACUCCAUUUGGUUUCUGAAUUUGGCGAUUAUAGACUUCAGUUUUUUUGUACUUUCAAUCACAAAUUUUUCCUUAAUCUUGAGCCAUCAGCACAGUGUCUUCACAGGCGACUUUCUCUUCAUCUCAAUAUCACAAAAUCUGUUUGCUAGUGUUUGGUCUCGUGUAGUUAUCAGUCUGGAUCGAUGCCUGUGCACAUGGAUGGCUGUUUGGGCUCAAAAUAACAGAACUCUGUGUAAAGCCAGAAUCAUCUGCAUCGUCAUCUUGGUUUCAUCCAUCCUCUACAUUUUACCUUUCUUUAACGUUGUUGGGGUUAAAGGUACAAAUGUCGCAUAUGCAUUUAUAGUUUCCUUUCUCAUCCCCUUCCUGAUCAUUGCAUCUUCAUACAUCGCUAUUGGAGUAAAAAUCAAACGCCUCAAAAAGAGGAAGCAUUUCAGGUCAUACAGACUCAUUAUAACUGUAAUCCUGACUUUCUUCAUCUGUUCAUUUCCACAAUAUAUUUGCUGGAUUUGGAGAGUAAUGGCAAAAAAUAAUAAUUGGACUCUCACUUAUAAAUUUUGGAACCUAUUUCAUUUUACUCUCUACCUGGUUAAUCUCAACAACAGUCUGAACCCAUUUCUCUAUGUGUUCAUGUGUGAUGAUUAUAAGAAGAAGCUGAAACAGUCUCUGGUGCUGGUGCUGGAGACGGCGUUUGCUUGAAGAUCAUCUGGACAUUAAAGAACAUAAAAUGAGACUGGCACAAAAUGAUAAACAGGCAGAACAAACCACACGUGAAUUGCUAGAGAUGUAGAACUUUUUGGGGAAAAAUAAAGUUUUGCAAUUAUUGUUAAUACUGUAUUUAUCACAGUUAAACAGUAACUGUCAUCUGUAUUCAGCAUAAUUUUCUGUCUAAGACAUAUCUUGUAAAUUUUAGAUUUAUAAAUCCAGGUUUUGUGCUUGGUUUAGUUAUGUGUCCUUGUUUUCAGUGUCUGUAUAUUCACUUAGGGCUGAUUUAUUGGUUUAGUUUGGUGUGUGUAUUUAAGUCUCAGUCUGUCUUCAUUGAUGUUUGUGUUGUUGACCUCUUCAUCUAUUUUAUUAGAUUAAAAGCAUUGUUGUGUAUAUAAUUCAUUUCUAUUCUCUUUAAUCAGC